UUGCUUAAGCUCCAAGUUUUAUUAUUUUUUCCCCAUAAAAAUUCUGCUUCUUGUUUGAUUAAUGAUAUUAUAAUUAAAAAUUAGUGAUGUUUAACGAUUUGUCAAAUGGGGGGGUAUAUGUUAUUUUCAACUGAUAACAGAACUAAACUAUAUAUUUUUGUUGUUUUUGUUAUAAAUACAGGAAGCUGCAACUGUUGCGUUUGGGAUUAUAAAAUUUACUUUGGGUUUUUCUUUUUGUCUUCUUUUCAAUUGGGCGCAGGGAAGUGGGUCAUUAAGAAUUUUGUAGAUAUCUGUAUCAUUGGAACUUAUUUCCAACUUUAGGAAUCGCGAUUGUUUGUAAUACUUUGAUGAUGAAGAGGGUUUUACUUCGUUGAAUUUUGUAUGUAACUUUGGGAAGAAUUUAGGUUUUUAGGAUUUUUCAAGGGACGGUUGAUUGCCUAUUUGGAGUGAACUAUAGGAGAGGACAAAAAAAAAGGGAAGCUGAUUUUCUUAUUGGUUAUUGUCCAAAGACAAGAGGGCUUCAUUGGGUUGUUUUGUUUUGAUUUUAUUCGAGAAGCUUUCUGUGUGAAUUCAAUGGUUGUGGGCUUUUUCCAUUUUUCUGAAUUUGGGGUCUGUGGAAUUCUCCUGAAGUGUAGAAGGGUUUUGACUUUAUGGGAAUAGAGAUUUUUUUUUUGGCUCAUUUGGGAUUUUGCAAUUGAAUAUUAUUAGGGAACUGAAAAUUAUCAUAUUCAAUUAGUGAAUCUUGGAGACCAUUGAUGUUGCAGUUCUGAUUAGAGCUUGGAAUUUAGGAUGGAUGAAUCUCAGGGCAGUUCCAAUUCAUUGCCACCAUUCCUUUCGAAGACAUAUGAGAUGGUGGACGAUCCUUCCACAGAUUCAGUAGUUUCAUGGAGUCAGAGCAAUAAAAGCUUUAUCGUAUGGAAUCCACCAGAGUUUGCAAGGGAUUUGCUCCCAAGAUUCUUUAAGCACAAUAACUUCUCAAGCUUCAUCAGACAGCUCAAUACAUAUGGUUUUAGAAAGAUUGAUCCAGAACAAUGGGAAUUUGCGAAUGAAGAUUUUAUAAGAGGUCAAGCACACCUUAUGAAGAACAUUCACAGACGGAAGCCGGUUCACAGCCAUUCUAUGCAGAAUCUCCAAGGACAGGGAUCUAAUCCAUUAACUGAUCCAGAAAGACAGACUUUGACGGAUGACAUGGAGAGGCUUCAACGCGAGAAAGAAGCGCUUGUCUCGGAGAUACAGAGGCAUGAACAAGAGACACAAGGAUUUGAGAUGCAAAUGCAAGAUCUGAAGGAGAAAUUGCAACAGAUGGAGAGAAGGCAGCAAACUAUUGUGUCUUUUGUGGCCCAGGUCUUGCAGAAACCUGGGCUUGCUUUAAAUCUCAUGUCACAGUUGGAACCAGGCCAUGAUAGAAAGAGAAGGUUGCCAAGAAUUCAUUAUUUCCAUGACGAGGCCAGCAUGGAGGAAAACCAAAUGGUGACUUGCCAAGCUAGAGAAAAUGUGGAUAGUAAUUCUUUUGCACUGUCAAGCAUGGAGCAGCUUGAGCAAUUGGAGUCAUCUCUGACAUUUUGGGAGAGUAUUGUAAAUGAUGUCCAAACCAACAUUCAAAGCAAUUCAAUCUUAGAGUUGGAUGAAUCUACAAGCUGUGCUGAAAGCCCAGCCAUAUCUUGUGUACAAUUUAGUGUUGAUAUUCGGCCCAAGUCUCCUACUAUCGACAUGAAUUCUGAGCCUGCUGUAGCUUCAGUUCCAGAGCCUGAUCCCCUGAAGGAACAAGCAACUGGAACAGCUCCUACUGUGGCAGCUGGAGUGAAUGAUGUAUUCUGGGAACAGUUUUUGACUGAGAAUCCUGGUUCAACUGACACACAGGAAGUUCAAUCAGAAAGAAAGGAUUCUGGUGAUAGAAAAAAUGAGAUCAAACCCAUUGAUCAGGGAAAAUUUUGGUGGAAUAUGAGGAAUGUAAAUAAUCUUGCUGAACAGAUGGGGCAUCUUACUCCUGCAGAGAGAACUUGAAAUUUGCUUUGAUUGUCUUUUUGGGCUAUUGGUGCCUCAGAACCUCACUUGUAAUAAAUUUAGGUACGAUUUGUUUGAUACGGUAAUAAUAGAUUUUCUGUGUUGAUCUCA